CUGUGGAGCGGGUUUAUUUAGGAAAAGGAAGUGAAAGAAGAAAGGACUGAGAGAAAACGUUUUUCCUUCGCACAGCCUACGUUCAUGAUGAAGCUUUACGGAGUUCUUGUCCUGUUUGUAACAUUUUCUGUUGCAUCCGGAUUGAGAUGCUACACAUGUGUAACAUCUGAUCCCAGUGCCUGCACAAAUAUUGAAACUUGUCCUGAUGGUUUCGACCGAUGUGCUUCUGUGAAGAUACCUGGACUGAUUACGAAGAGCUGCAUGCCCAGCGCAGGAUGCAUUUCUCCCAUAAAGUGCUGUGACAAGGACUUGUGCAACGGUGCCGUACCAACUGGACCUGGUGUCACCCUGCUGCUCCUGUCUUCAGCCCUUAUGAUGCUCUUUAUUUAAGGCUCUGAAAUCAUGAUCCUGUUCUGGUUUAUUGUUUUGUCUAUCAACAGUUACGCUGAGUUGACAACAAACAUGCAGUCAGGACAGAUAUGCAGCAUUUAUAUUCAUCAUGUAAAACACAUAUGUCUCUUUUAAACAAAACAAGAUUUGUAAGCCAUGAAAGAAUAAACUAUUCAAAUGCUCAAACAAA